AUGAGGGUGGCAGUGGGCAUGCUUUGGCUCCUGGCCCUCUGGGGGCACCCCCAAGCCCAGGGCUCCUGCCCCUCUCAAUGCAGCUGCAGCCUCUACAUCCUGGGUGAUGGCAACAAGGCCAGGACGGUGGUGUGCAGCGACCCGGACAUGACCCUGCCCCCCGCGUCCGUCCCUCCGGACACCUCCAGACUGCGCCUGGAGCGCACGGCCAUUCGCAGGGUGCCCGGGGAGGCCUUCAGGCCGCUGGGCCGCCUGGAGCAGCUGUGGCUGCCCUACAACGCGCUCAGCGAGCUCAGCGCCCUGAUGCUGCGGGGCCUGCGCCGCCUGCGCGAGCUGCGCCUGCCCGGGAACCGCCUGGCCGCCUUCCCCUGGGCGGCGCUCAAGGACGCCCCCCAGCUGCGGCUGCUGGACCUGCAAGCCAACCGGCUCUCCGCCGUGCCGCCGGAGGCCGCGCGCUUUCUGGGGAACCUCACCUUCCUCGACCUCUCCAACAACCAGCUGAUGAGGCUCCCGCAGGAGCUGCUGGCCACCUGGGCUCACCUGCAGACCGGGCCCUUCCUUCCCGGCCACCGCACCAGGCUGGUGUUAGGGCUGCAGGACAACCCCUGGGCCUGCGACUGCCGCCUCUAUGACCUAGCCCUUUUCCUGGAAGGCUGGGCCCCACAUCUGGCCUUCAUAGAGGCCAGGCUGAAGUGCGCCAGCCCACGCAGCCUGGCCGGAGUGGCCUUCAGCCAGCUGGAACUGAGGAAGUGCCAGAGUCCUGAGCUCCGCCCAGGGGUGGCCAGCGUCAGGUCCCCACUGGGCAGUGCGGUAUUGCUGCGUUGUGGGGCCACCGGCGUCCCUGGGCCAGAGAUGAGCUGGAGGAGAGCCAACGGGCACCCACUCAACGGCACAGUGCACCAGGAAGUCUCCAGCGAUGGCACAAGCUGGACGCUGCUGGGCCUGCCUGCUGUGUCCCCCCCUGACUCUGGAGACUACAUCUGCCAGGCCAAGAACUUCCUAGGAGUCUCUGAGACUGUCAUCUCCCUGGCCAUCACUGAACCUCAGGCUUCCACGGAACGGAGUGGGAGCCCAGGGACACUGUGGGCAAGGGGCGAGGGGGCAGAAGCUGCCGCGUACAACAAGAUGGUGGCCAGGCAUGUCCCUGACAUCCCCGGACCUGCUGUCCCAGCCACCAGGUCCCCUGUGGCCAACAUGAAGGGGGAGCUGAGCCUCCAGCACUUCCAAAUGGGGAUCCCAGGAGGGCGCUCAAGUGGGCAGGCAGGACGCCAGGAGGCCCGAAUGGUGAGGUCUCUCAAGGUGGUGGGAGACACUUACCAGAGCGUGACCUUGGUGUGGAAGGCCCCCCAGGCUGGCAACACGACCACCUUCAGUGUCCUCUACGCGGUCUUUGGGCAGCGCAGCAUGCGGCGGGUGGUUGUGCAGCCUGGGAAGACCAGCGUCACCAUCCGUGGCCUGGCGCCCAAGACCAAGUACGUGGCGUGUGUCUGUGUGCGGGACCUGGUGCCCCAGAAGGAGCAGUGUGUCAUUUUCUCCACGGACGAGGUGGUAGACGCCGAGGCCACCCAACGGCUCAUCAACGUGGUGGUGAUCAGUGUGGCUGUUGUCAUCUCCCUGCCCCUCACCCUGCUCGUGUGCUGCGGGGCUCUGCAGCGGCGCUGUGCCAAGUGCCCCAUGGGGGGCUCUGCCGAGGCCGCGGGCGCCUACGUCAACCUGGAGAGGCUGGGUCACAGCGAGGACGGCUCCGAGGAGCUGUCCCAGCACAGCCUCAGUGAGGCCGACAGGCUCCUCUCGGCCCGGUCCAGCACGGACUCUCAGGUCCUGGGCGCCAGGGGCGGCCGGCGGAUCAAUGAGUACUUCUGCUGA